CCAGCGGUGCACCAGCAGUUGGUAAGACAUCAUCUCUGAAGUCACCAUGAUCCGCGCCUGCAUCGUCCUGGCCCUGGCCACCAGCGCUUUCGCUGGUUUCGUCGGCACUGCCGGCUAUGGCGUUGGCCUGGCUGCCGCUCCAGCGGUAGCCACUGUGGCCCACGCUGCACCAGUCGCCACUUACGCCGCUGCUCCAGCCAUCGCUACCGUUGCCCAUGCUCCAGUGGCCACCGCUGUCGCCACCCAUGCCGUAGCUAGCUACGUCGCUGCCCCGGCAGUCGCCGCCGUCCAUGCUGCCCCAGCUCUCGCUACCGUCGCACACGCUGCUCCGGUCGCCACCAUUGCUGCUGCCCCAGUUGCCACCUACGCUGCUGCUCCAGCUGUCACCGCCGUCCAUGCUGCCCCAGCCGUUGCUGCCAUCCACGCUGCUCCUGCUGUCGCCACUGCCACCAUCCAUCAUGCCCCAGCUGUGGCCACCAUUGCCCAUGCUGCUCCAGCUGUUGCCGCCUACCACGCCGCUCCAGCCUACUACGGCUACGGUGUUGGCUCCCUCGGCUACGGUGUUGGCAGCUACGGUUACGGCCAUGGUCUCCUCGGCUAUGGUCUCAACUACGGCUACGGUCUCGGCACUCCAUUCCACUAUGGUGCUCUCCUCCGCAAGAAGUAAACGCCUAUUGAGAGAGCAAGAAUCAUCAUCAAGAACAACGACUUGAUCAUUCUUAUUCGACAUCCUUCACGAAAAUGCGGCGAUGCAACCAUACAUCGCCAAAAAUAAAAUUUACUGAUUAUGCGCAAUUUC